ACCCAGCUGGCACAUCUGCCUGGUUGAGCCAAUGUUGCUGGAGGGAAACAUGCAGUCUGUGGCCGUCCUGCUCCUUGUGCUGGUCUGUACGUUGAGCACAGGUCAGCGUUCUCCUCUCAAUGACUUCCAGAGGCUAAAAGCUACUGAGCUGGUUUCUGUGUCCCUUCGCAGAGAGGAGAAGCCCAUCGGAGUGGAGGAGUGUGCAAGGCAGUGCACAGCUUUCCUAGAUUGCAGAGCCUUUCAUUACAACUGGCAGAGUCAUGGCUGCCAGCUGCUGCCUUUGACACAGCAUUCACAUCAAACCCGGUUGCAGAGGAAUGUACACUAUGACCUCUACCAGAAGAAAGCUUAUACAGUGAACUGCAUUAUGGGAGAUGGGUCAAGCUACAGAGGGACACAGUCGGUGACAAAAAAUGAGGAGACCUGUCAACACUGGCGAUUGAAAGUUCCUCAUGAUCAUAGGUUUUCACCAUCGCUACAUAAUGGGUUAGAAGAAAAUUACUGCCGCAAUCCAGACAAAGAUCAGCGUGGUCCCUGGUGCUACACAACUGAUCCUGCCGUUCGGUUUCGAAGUUGUGGAAUCAAGAAGUGUGAAGAUGCAGUAUGUAUGUCAUGUAACGGUGAAGACUAUCAAGGCUUUGUAGAUCACACUGAGUCCGGCAAGGAGUGCCAGCGCUGGGACCUGCAGUUUCCUCACAAGCAUCCAUACCAGCCAAACAAAUACCCUGAUAAAGAUCUGUCUGACAAUUACUGCCGUAAUCCUGACAGUUCUGAGCGUCCUUGGUGUUACACGACAGAUCCUGCAUUAGAGCGGGAAUACUGCCACAUUCGGAAAUGCACAGAGAAACGUCCACGCCUCACUACUAAAACCAGUUGCUUCAGGCUGAAAGGAGAAGACUAUCGAGGCGAGGUGAACACCACUUCAACAGGCGCCCCUUGCCAACGCUGGGACUCACAGGCACCCCACCAACACAAUUUCCUGCCUGAGAAAUAUGAGUGCAAAGACCUGAAGGAGAAUUACUGCCGGAACCCAGAUGGCUCAGAGGCCCCCUGGUGCUUCACUACCCUUCCCCACCUGCGGAUGGCUUUUUGCUUCCAGAUCAAACGCUGUACUGAUGAUGUGGAAAUAGAAGAUUGUUACUAUGGAAAUGGAGAAGAAUAUCAAGGCACUGUCAGUAAGACUCGGAAGGGAAUCACUUGUCAGAAGUGGUCAGAGCGAUCACCUCACAAACCCCAGAUCUUCCCUACUAUGUUCCCCACUGUGCGCCUUGAACAAAACUAUUGUCGCAAUCCUGACAAUGAUAGUCAUGGACCCUGGUGCUACACAAUGGACCCCAGAACCCAGUUUGAUUACUGUGCUAUUGAGCCAUGCGCUAGUAACAAGAAACCCUCUAUCUUGCUGAAUCCAGAGAACGUAGUCUUUGACCAUUGUGGCAGGAGGGAGGAGCGCUGGUUCAGCAAACGGUCUCGUAUUGUAGGGGGGCAUGUUGGAAACUCACCCUGGACUGUCAGCAUCCGCAAUCGGGAAGGAAUCCAUUUCUGUGGAGGGUCACUUGUGAAAGAGCAGUGGGUCAUCAGCACACGCCAGUGUUUCUCCUCCUGUGAUGCUGACUUAUCAGGGUAUGAAGUCUGGCUUGGCACUAUCUUUAAGAACCCUCGCCCUAAUGACCCUGAAAAACAGGCCAUGGCCAUCCGUAAGAUUGUCUGUGGACCUUCUGAAUCUCAGUUGGUGAUGCUGAAAUUAGAGAGACCAGCCAUUCUGAAUUCACGUGUGGCACUGAUCUGUCUUCCACCUGAGCGGUACAUUGUGCCUGAGAAUACCAAGUGUGAGAUUGCAGGAUGGGGUGACACCAGAGGGACUGGUAAUGAAAAUCAGCUCCAUGUAGCUGAGCUGACUGUCAUGAGCCAUCAAGAAUGCAAAGUGGCACUUCGAGGCCGUGUGAAGGAGAGUGAGUUGUGUACAGGACCCCUGCGUAUAGGUGUCGGGGCCUGUGAGGGUGACUUUGGAGGCCCCUUGGCCUGCCUGACUCAUGACUGCUGGGUGCUAGAAGGUGUGAUCACCCCAUCCCGUGUAUGUGCUCGCACAGACCAGCCUGCUGUUUUCACCCGUGUCUCCCUCUAUGUUGAUUGGAUCAACAAAGUGAUGAAGUUGAGCUGAGCUUGCUGGAGCCAUCCUGAAGCUGGGCCCCACUACAGGUUUUGAGAGCCCCUGGCCAGAUACUCUCCAGUGCCCACUCUAGCACACUGCCUCUUCUCUUUUGUGCACACAGGUGCACCCACAUUUUUGUGUUCAUGCUUCCUUCAGCCUCAUUAGGGCCAGCAGAGGCAAAAGUAAUGUGAAAGAGUCAUGCUAUGCUGCUUCCAGCUCUGGUCCUUCAGGAAAUCUGAGAAGUAGAGGCAUCUAGAACAAUCUGGAAGAGGCUUCUGGGGCAGUCACACAUUUCCUAACGGGAAGGGGUGGACCAAGUGUUGACAGUGGGCCUUCUGCCAGGCCAGUGCCUGACCAUGCUGAACUUUGACACUGACAGUGCAUGAAAGCCUUCUCUUCAGAGCUUUGGGCAGGAACUGUCUUGCUCCCUUCACCCACUUGCCAACGGGCUUCCCAUUCUUGAUGUACAAGUCCUAUAUUUGACAUCAGUGUUACCAAAUGGGACAACAUUUCUGAAGUCUGGAUGUGACUUUGGGACCAUCUCUACAAGCAUCUGCCCCUCUUGGAGUAUACAAAGAAUUCUUUCCAUCAAAUGCUAUCAUAAUUCAGACCCUUCUCUCCUGCUUCUUCAGGAACAGCUAUUAUCAUGAUAGCACAGGAACAACAAUAUAGCAAAACAGCUUAUUCCAAAUUGAUACAAUAUUCAUUUAUUUAAAUAGGUUAAGGGUUAUGUUUGUAUAGUGGUAUUACCACACAUAUAUUAUCAAAAUGUUUGAACAAAAAGCAUUGAGGUGUAAGGGGCAGAGACAUAUGUCACCCUUCUAGGAAUGUCCACUGUCUGAUGAAUACAUUCUUCCCAGAAGAAAAAUCUGUAUGGUGUGUCUUACAUUUCAAAAUAUAGGAAUUAUUUCUUCCCGUUAA